AUGGAGACCUGGAGAGGUGCCAGGGGCCAGUGGGAGUUGGAUGCUGUGUACCACAGGCAAACAGAUACCUGUAGUUUUUCUUUUGAAACAUCAUACACCUAUCUAGAAGAAAAAGCUUCUCUACUACAUCGUACCCAAGAAGAAAGGCGGAAACGAGAGGAGGAAAGACGAAGGCUGAAAAAUGCAAUAAUCAUCCAGUCCUUUGUACGAGGAUACAGGGACAGAAAACACCAACAUUCUCUUCAAAGAAGUGAAUUUGAUCGCUGUGCUAAUUUGGCCCAAUCUGGAGGAACUUUUUCCACUACCAGGGGAGCUAAUCUGACCCUCUUAGUCCGUCAACUUCUGUUUUUCUAUAGACAGAAUGAAGAUUCUAAGCGUUUGAUAUGGAUGUGCCAGAACUUAAUUAAACAAAAUUCUCAGUUUGUGAAGCAACUGGAUGGUCCUGAUAGACUUACCUGUUUAUUUCAAAUAAAAAGACUGUUGGGCCUAUGUUGCAGGUUACUACAAAACUGCAACGAUGACAAUCUGAAUGUUGCACUUCCUAUGAGAAUGCUUGAGGUAUUUUCAUCUGAGAAUACGUAUUUGCCUGUUUUACAAGAUGCCAGCUAUGUGGCAUCGUUAAUUGAACAAAUUUUGCACUACACAAUUCACAAAGGAUACUACAGGUCUCUUUAUUUGUUAAUUAAUAAUAAACUUCCAUCAAGUAUUGAAUAUUCCGACGUUUCUCGAGUUCCUAUUGCAAAAAUACUGCUAGAGAAUGUUCUGAAACCAUUGCACUUUACGUAUAGCUCCUGUCCAGAAGGUGCAAGGCAACAGGUAUUUGCUGCCUUCACUGAGGAGCUUCUGAAAGCACCUUUUACGGAUCAGAUAUUCCAUUUCAUCAUUCCAGCGCUGGCUGAUGUGCAGACCGUUUUCCCUUAUGAACUCUUUCUGAAUGCACUAUUACUGACAGAAAGUGGACGGUCAAGAAAAAGCGAUAGAGCUCCCUGGCUUUUUUAUUUUGUUUUAAUGGUUGGUGAAACAUGUUUAGGAUCUCUUUCUGAGGAAGGACUGCUUGUGUACUUGAGGGUUCUACAAACCUUUCUUUCUCAGUUGCCUGUGUCUACUACUGGGACAAAUUGUCAAGAUGCAACUAGUGAUUCUGAAGAGGAGGAUGAAGCGAUCAGUAAGAUGAUGACUACCCAUGGAGAUGGGAGAAUAUCAGUGCAGUAUAUAACAGAGGAGUGUCUAAAGAAACUUGAUACGAAACAGCAGACAAACACCCUGUUGAAUAUGGUCUGGAGAGAUUCAGCGAGUGAAGAAGUCUUCACACUGAUGGCAUCAAUUUGCCACAUAUUAAUGGUACAACACCGAAUGAUGGUGCCGAAAGUCAGGCUUCUUUACAGCUUGGCCUUUAAUGCCAGGUUCCUAAGGCAUCUUUGGUAUCUAAUCUCUUCAAUGACUACACGAAUGAUUACAGGGUCUAUGGUGCCAUUACUUCAAGUGAUAUCAAGAGGGUCUCCAAUGUCUUUAGAAGACUCCAGUCGGAUCAUCCCUCUCUUCUACCUUUUUAGUUCUUUGUUUAGUCAUUCACUUAUUUCUAUUCAUGAUAAUGAAUUCUUUGGUGAUCCCAUAGAAGCUGUAGGUCAAAGACAAUCAUCAAUGAUGCCUUUUACAUUAGAAGAAUUGGUAAUAUUAUCACGCUGCCUUCGAGAUGCCUGUUUGGGAAUCAUCAAAUUGGCUUACCCAGAAACAAAACCAGAAGUGCGUGAGGAAUAUAUUGCAGCAUUUCGAAGUGUUGGAGUCACAACAAACACAGAAAUGCAGCAGUGUAUACAAACAGAACAAAAACGAUGGAUUCAGCUGUUUAAGGUCAUCACUAACUUAGUAAAAAUGUUGAAAUCUAGAGACACAAGGCGAAAUUUCUGUCCACCCAACCACUGGUUAUCAGAACAAGAAAACAUUAAAGCAGAUAAGGUUACUCAGCUGUAUGUGCCAUCUGCCAGACAUGUAUGGCGAGUCAGAAGAAUGGGAAGAAUAGGACCCCUGCAGUCUACUUUAGAUGUGGGCCUGGAGCCAGCACCUCUUUCUGUGUCCGAAGAACGACAGCUUGCAAUUUUGACAGAGCUACCAUUUGUAGUUCCUUUUGAAGAAAGAGUAAAGAUUUUUCAAAGACUGAUCUAUGCUGACAAACAGGAAGUUCAAGGAGACGGUCCAUUUCUGGAUGGAAUUAACGUUACUAUCCGAAGAAAUUAUAUUUAUGAAGAUGCUUAUGACAAACUUUCCCCUGAAAAUGAGCCUGAUCUGAAAAAGCGAAUUCGUGUUCACUUGCUUAAUGCACAUGGCCUGGAUGAAGCUGGCAUUGAUGGUGGUGGAAUUUUCAGAGAAUUUCUGAAUGAACUGCUUAAAUCAGGAUUUAAUCCUAACCAGGGAUUUUUUAAAACCACUAAUGAAGGGCUUCUCUACCCCAACCCUGCUGCACAUAUGCUUGUUGGAGACUCUUAUGCUAGACACUAUUACUUCCUAGGAAGGAUGCUUGGAAAGGCUCUGUAUGAAAAUAUGUUGGUGGAGCUGCCAUUUGCUAGUUUUUUCCUCUCAAAGUUGCUGGGCACAAGUGCAGAUGUGGACAUUCAUCACUUAGCUUCAUUAGACCCUGAAAUGUACAAAAACUUGCUUUUCCUCAAGAGCUAUGAAGGGGAUGUGGAAGAACUUGGCCUAAAUUUUACUGUGGUGAAUAAUGACCUCGGGGAGGCACAGGUGGUUGAGCUGAAGCCAGGUGGAAAGGAUAUCCCUGUAACCAGUGCUAACAGAAUAGCAUACAUCCACCUUGUAGCAGACUACAGACUGAACAAGCAGAUUAGGCAGCACUGUCUAGCAUUCCGACAGGGACUGGCCAAUGUUGUUAACCUUGAAUGGCUUCGAAUGUUUGAUCAGCAGGAAAUACAGGUUUUGAUUUCCGGUGCCCAGGUUCCCAUUAAUCUGGAUGACCUAAAAUCCUUCACAAACUAUUCAGGUGGCUACUCGGCAGACCAUCCUGUAAUCAAAAUAUUUUGGAGAGUGGUGGAAAGCUUCACUGAUGAAGAAAAACGUAAAUUGCUCAAGUUUGUAACAAGCUGCUCUCGACCCCCUCUGCUGGGAUUUAAGAUGGUGGUCGUAAGAACAGCUCUUAGAAACACGAGGGAUGAGACCAAGAUGCAUAGAACAGGAUGCAAUUAAAAUUGGCCAUGUACCAAAGAAGGAAGAUCCAUCAAUUGGCACGUGUCUUCUAGAAGAAAGGAAGAAAGAAAAGGAAGAGAAAUGUUCCCAACUACUGCUUGUCUUUCUAAAAGUGUGGGGAGUGGGAGGAGAGGAAAGGAUUGUUCAGCUAAAAAUGCAAAUCGUACAUUAAAGCAGUCUUUGAGAUGUUGAGAGAAGAUGUGGAAAGCGAAUCUGAAAUCUGAGGUAGACCUGAAGGAGAGACUGUAGAAGCAAGUGGAAUGGGCAAAUGUGAAAGUCGGUAAGCUGUAGCAUGGCCGUGUUGUACUAAAGGAGAAUAGGAAGUGAAAUAGCUACGUAGUGUGAAGCACGAUAACAAAGUGUUGAAGAGGGAAGAUAUUGCAAGUCCAUCCUACACUGCGUAAUGUGUCACACAGCAUAUAGCAAUGGGAAGAAGAGCAAAACGGGCAUUGUUUCUACUUUGUGAGCAGCAGUCAGUAUCAGGCAUUUCUGGCUCUUGACUGAUACAUGAAUCUGGGAGUAACAGCUUCUCUAACACAGUGGUGCUCACCUUUCUGGCCCCAGAGGCCACGAGUGGCACGGGGCUGAUCCAUGGGCUAGAUCCCAUUGGUGGGUCUGAUCCAGCGUGGGGUCAGUAUGCAGGAUCAGUCUAUGGGUGUGAAACAGUGCUCCAGCCUGGCCCCAUGCACUGGAUUCAGCCAUGCAGCUUCCCCGCAUGUUGGCAUGAUCUGGCACAUGGGGCCAUGUCAUCCAGUUCAUGUGUCUUGAAAUUUGGUAGUGGGGAGCAGUGACAGCAUAAAUUGCUAUAGCUCUGGAAGCCAUGGCUAUUCAUGCUGCCACUGCUAUAUUUCUGGACCUGUAGGAAGCCCCCUGGGUGGAAUGAUGUAGCCCCACAUCCGGAGGCAAAGCACCACUGGUCUCACAAGUUGAGCAUGCCCUUGGCCUGAUGGGACUCAGCAGCCAACCAGGAAUAGCUUAGUGUGAGCUGCUGCAGUCCCAGAGAAACUCAAGUUGUAAAUGGAUACCAGAAAAGGAAGUAGGUAAUCGGGUCCUGUCGUGAGUGGUGGUCAUAGUAGCCUAUGAUUAAUGUGUAUAUAGUACUUUGAAGAUGAAAAGUGGUUAUGUACUGGAAGUGCUAAGUAUUAUUAGCAGCCAAAUAAGUGAAUGUUUGUUAUAUAUAAAAAAGCUUGCACUCCGAGUGUGGAAAUUAAUGCAAAAUGUUUUCAGUAAUUCAUUUUUCUAUGGUCAUUUAAAAAGAGAUAUUAACUGUUACUAUUAAGAACACAACUUUUAGUAUUCAUUCUAAAACCUUGUGCAGGCUGCAUUGUGGAACCCUCACCUUCAGUAAAGUUAGCUGAUAUUCAUUUAAGAGGAAGAAAUAUCUCAAAGUUGGUAGCAUACAAAUAGCACCAUCUUCUCCUACACUCUUUAAAAAUUAUGAAAACCCUGAGUGCCAGAUGAUCAGAUUCAGAAUAACAUUUACUAAAGCUAAUUAAAGUUUAACAAGUUUAAUAAAUGUGAUUGUUACAGACCAAAAAAAAAUCAUUAAAGUGUGGUUGAAAAUUGUUAAAUUCUAAUCAGGUCACAUAAUAAAUUUGAUGAUACAUCUCUCUUCCAUGCUAUUAUAGAUUCCUGUUGUACAGUGUUUAAUUAUGCAACAAAUGGUGCCCUUGGCAUGACAUUUCAAUAGAGGACUUCAUUUUUUACAUUUUUAAAGCUUAAAGUUGGGAAAACUCAAUUAGCAUUUUGAAAGGAACACAAAAUGCAGCAUUUCAGCUGUGGAAUACAUUUUAAGGCCUCCAUUUAAACAAUAAUUUAGUUUAAAUUCUUGUUGGCAUGUCUCGGGACAUGUAGCUUUCCCAUUCCUUCCCUACUGCCCACCCAUGUGUUUGAAACCAGAUGAUCUAUUUUAACUCAGGAACUUAUUAAUUUGAUAAAAUUAAUGUUUCCUUGCCAAUGAUAGUAGAGGUUUAGGUGUAACAAAUAAAUAUUCUCUGCAUCCCUACUUAUCAUGGGAAGGGAAACAUCAUUUUCAGAAGACUAAAAAAAGAUGCAUAAAACCUUAAAGAGAGAUUUUGCACCUCAAAUAGCUGACAAGUUUAUAUCCAAUAGACUCACAGCCAGACAUCUUCAGUGGGGCUCCAUGCCCCAGGUUUCAGUGCCAGGGCCUGCCUCCAACAAAUGAUGAUGAUGAUACAGCAGGAACAGGCAGUUAUUUCAGAUGGAGGGCCACUUAAGGUUUGGUAAGCUUUCGAGGGCCACACGGGUAGCCCUGCCCCUUGACAGGUGCCCCACCCCCUGGUCACCAUCUUGGGUCCUGAAGUCCCACCCCUAACCCCUGACCUUUGCCACUGGAUGUCCCUCCCUUUACCCCCCGGAAAUGCUCCUUGGGGGAGGGGAGAGGGUUGCCAUCUUGGAACCAGAAAAAAACCAAAUCAUAUACUAAAAAUACUUACUAUAACAUAUUUUAAUGUUAUUACAAAAAUAUUUUUGUCAUGAUUAGUGUUUCUGUACUGUAUAUAGGGAUGAUUGCAUAAUAA